AUGGCACCAUGCGAAACCAAGAAAGUCGCAAAGACCAAGCGAAUCCCGCCUAAAGUCAAGCGCAACACAAAAGGCUAUCAAACACGCACAUCACCACAAAAAUCGCCUUCACAAACCACAUCCAUCGAACAAGAAGAAGCUGAAGGAAAUCUCUCCGCAAUCCCCCACCACCCCAAAACGCCCCUCAACACCGCCCACCUCCUUUCCAUGCCAAAAGUCACAAACUCAAUUCGGCGAGUAGAAUUCAGAGAAUACGUUAGUCUGGGCAUUACACCAUUGGACGGCAAGGGAAGCAGAGCCGUACAAGGGAGCCAAAAUAUCACCACUCCCCUCAUCGACGAAGUCGACGAAGAAGAAAUAGACGAAGAACUAGAACGAACAUGGCAAGACUGGAGAAACGACCAGGAAAGCAAGGAGUUGAAAUGGCUUCGGGAGAAGCUAUGGGGCAAGGGGAAAUGGGCAGUCCGCACCGAGCACGAGGAAGAUGUAUUAUAUGUGCGAUCUGUAUUAGGAGAAGAAGAGUGGGCGGCUCUCUGUCUUUGA